CGUGUGGCGGCGACGGCGCGUGGCACACGGCGCCUGAUUUCCGCUUCCUGCACCUGGUCGCGAGGGAGGGCCAGAGCGAGCUGCUCAAGAUGGCUGCGGCCGAGUCAGAUCGUGAACCACCGUCUGCCCUGUGCAGUGAAUUCCUGGACUUCUCCGCUAAGGACACGGGCCUGAAAUGGCUCCAAGCCUCUGACCUUCCCAAGGCAGUCUACCAGCACCUGGCUCGCUAUGUACCCAAGAUCUACUGCCUGGGGCCCAACCUGAACCCCCAGAAUGAGGAUCUUCUGGCCCAGCUGCUUCUGCAGGGACCGCUGGAGUGGUACCUGUGUGGGGAGGACCCCUCCAUAGGCUUGGCCAAGCUGGAGCAGAGUAACCAGCCCUCGCAGCUGUGCGGCCAUGUCUUCAAGGUGGGCGAGCCCACCUACUCCUGCAGGGAGUGUGCCGCCGACCCUACCUGCGUCCUUUGUAUGCAGUGUUUCCUGGGCAGCGUGCAUAAAGGACACCGCUACAGGAUGACGACCUCCGGGGGCGGUGGCUUCUGUGACUGUGGGGACACGGAAGCCUGGAAAAAGGGUCCUUACUGCCAGAAACAUGAGCCCAGCAUCAGUGACUCCUCACAGGAGGACCCGUUGGAUCAACUCUCAGCCGACAUGAUCACUCGCACCUACACCGUGUUCGCCAUCAUGCUGAGGUACGCUGUGGAUAUGCUCACUUGGGAAGAGGAAAACGAGCUUCCAGCUGGCCUGGAACCUCCGGAGCGGGGGGACACAUAUUACUGCAUGCUGUUCAACGAUGAGGUGCACACCUACGAGCAGGUCAUCUACACGUUGCAAAAGGCUGUCAACUGUACCCAGAAGGAGGCAGUCAGCUUCGCCACCACGGUAGACAGAGAUGGGCGGAAGUCUGUCCGCUAUGGCGACUUCCAUUUCUGCGAGCAGGCCAAGACUGUCAUUGUGAGGAACACGAGCCGGCAGACCAAGCCCCUACGCGUGCAGGUCAUGCACUCCUCAGUGGUGGCUCACCAGUGCUUCGCCCUCAAAGCCCUGGCCUGGCUGGGCCAGGUAAUCGGAUACUCUGACGCCCUGCGGAGGAUCCUGUGCCAGGUGGGCUUGGAGAAGGGCCUACUAGGGGAGAGCUCCCUGGUAGACACCCUUAUGCUUUGUGACUCCAAGAUGUGGAAAGGUGCGAGGAACGUCUACCACCAGCUCUUAAUGAGCAGCCUUCUCAUGGACCCGAAAUAUAAGAAGCUGUUCGCCAUUCAGUUUGCCAAAAAUUAUGAGCGCUUGCAGAGCGACUAUGUGAAGGACGACCACGACAGGGAGUUCUCAGUCACGGACCUCUCCGUGCAAAUGUUCACGGUACCUUCCUUGGCACGCAUGCUGAUGAUGGAAGAGAACCUGAUGGCCACCAUCAUCCGCACCUUCGUGGAGCAUCUGCGACACAGAGAUCUGCAGGGCCGAUUCCAGUUCGAGCGCUACACACCCCAGCAGGCCUUCAAGUUCCGGCGCGUGCAGAGCCUCCUCGGGGACCUCAAGUAUGUACUGAUCAGCCGCCCCACAGAGUGGACUGACAAACUCAGGGAGAAGUUUCUGGAGGGGUUUGAGACCUUCUUGGAGCUGCUGAAGUGCAUGCAGGGCAUGGACCCUGUAGUGCGCCAGGUGGGCCAGCACAUUGAAAUGGAGCCCGAGUGGGAAGCGGCCUUUACGCUGCAGAUGAAGCUCACACACAUCAUCUCCAUGAUGCAGGAGUGGUGUGCCUCUGAUGAGAAGGUGCUGAUCGAGGCCUACCGGAUGUGCCUGGCGGCUCUGACCCACUGCCAUGGCGGCUUUGCGGACGGCGAGCAGCCUAUCACGCUCGGCAUGUGCGGCCACUCGGUGGACACCUUCCGCUACUGCGUGUCGCAGGAGAAAGUAAUCAUCCACCUGCCUGUGUCGCGCCUGCUUGCAGGUCUGCAUGUUCUGCUCAGUAAGACGGAGGUGGCCUACAGAUUCCCUGAACGGCUCCCCCUGAGUGAACUGAGCCCCCCCAUGUUGAUAGAGCACCCCCUGCGUUGCUUGGUGCUUUGUGCUCAGGUGCAUGCUGGGAUGUGGAGGAGGAAUGGUUUCUCUCUGGUCAAUCAGAUUUACUACUACCACAACGUGAAGUGCAGAGUGGAGAUGUUUGACAAGGACCUGGUCAUGCUGCAGGCUGGCGCCUCAAUGAUGGAUCCAAACCACUUCCUGAUGAUCGUGCUGAGCCGCUUCGAGCUCUAUCACAUUUUCAGCUCUGCCGACGGCCGCAAACGGCACAGCCGAGAGAACUCCAACAAGGAUGUGAUCCAGCAGAACAACACCCUGAUCGAGGAGAUGCUGCAUCUUAUCAUGAUGAUUGUGGGAGAACGGUUCACGCCGGGGAUCGGCCAAGUCCAGCCCAGCGACGAGAUCAAGCGUGAGAUCAUCCACCAGCUGUGCAUCCGGCCCAUGGCGCACAGCGAGCUAGCCAAGGCGCUGCCGGAGAAUGAGAACAAGGAGACCGGCAUGGAGAGGGUCAUCGAUUCUGUGGCCUUGUUCAAGAAGCCAGGAGUUACAGGCCGGGGGCUUUAUGAGCUGAGGCCAGAAUGUGCCAAGCAGUUCAACCUCUACUUCUAUCACUACUUGCGUGCCGAUCAGUCGAAGGCUGAAGAGGCCCAGCGGAAGCUGAGGAGGCAGAGUGGCGAGGACUCAGCACUGCCCCCGCCUCCUCUGCCCCCCUUCUGCCCGCUCUUCGCCAGCCUGGUGAAUCUGCUGCAGUGUGACGUGCUGCUCGGCAUGCUGGGAGCCGUGCUGCAGUGGGCGGUGGAGCCCAGCGGGGGGCACUGGUCGGAGUCGAUGCUGCAGAGGGUGCUCCAUCUUAUAGGCAUGGCCUUGUUGGAGGAACAGCAGCAGCUGGAGAGCAGCAGCGACGACGACAUCACCUUCAGCUUCACCCUCAAGAUCUCCCGGCCCGGAGAGGCACCCAGUAACACCCCGAGCAUCCUGGCUCUCCUGGAGACACUGCAAAACGCAGCCCACCUGGAGGUGCACAAGGACAUGAUCCGCUGGAUCCUCAAGACCAUUGCUAGCAUUAAGACGAUGCGAGAGCGCAGCAGUACCAGCCCUGUGACAGACAGCGGAGGCCAGAACCAGCAGGAGACGGUGCGGGACAAGGACAAAGCGGAGCGCAAGCGCAAGGCGGAGAUGGCGCGACUGCGUCGGGAGAAGAUCAUGGCGCAGAUGUCGGCCAUGCAGCGGCACUUUAUCGACGAGAACAAGGAGCUCUUCCAGCAGAGCCUGGAGGAGCUGGACGCCUCCACUUCAGCCUCACUGGAGCACAGUCCUAGCUCCCCGGACGCCGCUCUGCUGUGUGUCGGCCCCCGGAGGACGCGGCCGGCGGAGAAGCGGCAGGUAGUUACCUGCAUCCUGUGUCAGGAGGAGCAGGAGAUCCGUGGGGACGGCAGGGCCAUGGUGCUGGCCGCCUUCGUGCAGCGCUCCACCGUCAUGUCCCGGAACCGCCACAGGCCGCCGCCUAACCCAGAGCGUCACGAUCCGCUCUUCACGCACCCGGACCUAUCCUUCGGCACGCACACUGGCAGCUGCGGACACAUCAUGCAUUCUCACUGCUGGCAAAGGUACUUUGAGGCAGUGCAGGCUAAGGAGCAGCGGCGGCAGCAGCGGCUACGUGUGCACACCAGCUACGACGUGGAAAACGGGGAGUUCCUGUGUCCGCUGUGCGAGUGCCUCAGCAACACCGUCAUACCCCUCCUGCCCCUCCCCAAGGUUUCCGGCAGCACUGAGCAGCCGGGUCUUGGGCUGUGGCUGAAGACUGUUUCUCAGCAGAUUAAAUCCCUGCAUUCAGCACACAGGAAGCUUAGACCUGUUGAUGCUGGGGCCGUCGAUGCGACCAGCAACAUGGAAGACUUCCCUCCCCCAGAGGGAUUCAAGCCUGACUACGUGCCAGUGAACCCCUUCUCCAGUUUUGUCAAGGAGAUGCUGACAACGUUUGGGACGGCUACCUACAAAAUUGGCCUUAAAGUUCACCCCAAUGAACAGGACCCCCGCGUCCCCAUCAUGUGCUGGGGCAGCUGUGCCUACACCAUCCAGUCUAUAGAGCGACUUUUGGUAGACGAAGAGAAACCACUCUUUGGUAGUUUGCCGUGUAGACAGGAUGACUGCUUACGCUCCCUGACCCGGUUCUCCGCGGCGUGCUGGACCACAGCGUCUCUUCCCUCGGUGCAGGGACACUUCAUCCGACUGUUAGCAGCGCUGCUUCCGGACCCCGAGGUGGAGGGCUCCCCCAGCAUACUGGAUGUGGACAUGUUCCACUUGCUGGUGAGCCUGGUGCUGUCCUACCCAUCGCUGCACAUCCAGGACUCUUCUGGCCUCAGUAUGGACGCAGCUCAGCAGAACUUCUUUCACCUGGUCACUGUGGCUCACGUGGUUCAGGUCCUGCUCACCUCCACGCCAGCAGAGGUGAUGAUGGACCAGGAGAGUGGAGGUGGCCACAGUGAGGAGGAGCAGAGCAUCAGUGCCCUCUACAGCUGCCUUAGGAGACACUUGGGCGGUGCCCUACGUGAUGUGGGCUCGGCCUGGCACCUGUGGCGCUGCGUAAAGGCGGGUGUGCUGCCCUUCCUGAGGGCCGGGGCUCUGUUCUUCCACCACCUGAAUGGGGUGCCCACCCCCUCAGAGCUGCACGCCCGGGGCUCUGGUCAGUGGGAGCACCUGUGUGGAUACCUAGGUCUGCCACCCAACCUACUGCAGCUCUACCACAGUAAUCAAGAUCUGCUGGACCCCCUGAUACAGGGGUGGUGCUCUCAUCCAAGCGUACAGGGACUGCUGCAGGGAAGUAGCCAUCUCGUCAGCUACCCUCGGGAGUCCAAUCGGCUGAUCGACCUUCCAGAUGACUACAGCGCCCUCAUCAAUCAGGCCUCCACCUUCACGUGUCCCAAGUCUGGGGGUGACAAGUCUCGUACCCCGACCCUGUGCCUGGUGUGCGGUGCCAUGCUGUGCUCGCAGAGCUACUGCUGCCAGACAGACCUGGAGGGCGAAGACGUGGGGGCCUGCACCGCCCACACUUUCGCCUGCGGGGCCGGUGUGGGCAUCUUCCUCAGGGUCAGGGAGAGCCAGGUGCUAUUCUUAGCUGGAAAGACAAAGGGCUGCUUCUACGCUCCUCCUUACCUGGAUGACUACGGCGAAACAGACCAGGGACUCAGGCGUGGGAACCCGCUACACCUCUGCCAGGAGCGAUACCGGAAAAUCCAGAAGCUAUGGAGGCAGCACAGCAUCACGGAAGAGAUUGGGCACGCACAGGAGGCCAACCAGUCACUGGUGGGGAUUGACUGGCAGCACUUGUGAUGUUCCUGGUUGGACCCCCCGCCCCCCCCAAUUAUCAUGAGGGCUACACCGCAGGACUGCAGUUGUACCAGCC